AUGUGGCGGGGGUGGGACCUGGGGCGGGCGGGAGCGGGCGCGAGCGCGUGCCGGGGCGCGUCGAGCGGAGCGCGAGCAGACCGGGUCGCGCUGUGCUGGCCCGGGCGGGAUCGAUGCGGGCGGCGGGCGGCGGCGGAGUGCUGCACCGGGAGGCUGCGCCGCCCGCCCCGCACCGCCGCGCACGCGCCGCCCGCCCCGCCGCCCGCCCGCCCGACGCCGCGACGUUUCAAUCCGCCGACCCGUACUGAUUUACGAUACGCUGCCGCUUUAUCUUCGGCCCGGUUUUUUUAUCCGAGCACCGCACGCGGCUCGAUCCGCACCGGUUCGAUUGAAUCGUCUUGGCCGGCUCGUGUGUUGGGAUCGCACAAGUCAGUCCCGAAC